UUGGUUCACAGGAGGAGCUAACAAUUUACAGGUUACAUUUCCUCGACUUGGCAACAUAUCUACGGGUCUCGAGACAGCUCGAGGCUGACGAAGUUGAAGACCUAUACUUACACAGCUUCGGCAAGGAAUUCCGGCGCGAAAUCGUUCGGAAAAUGCGACGCGACGAUCAACGGCAACAUUCGGAUGAUCCAUGGCCCAUGCAGCAAGUAACAUAUGCAGCUACACGACUACUACGCAAAGGAUUUCGCUCGGAGCGAGCGCGAACGAGCAUGGAAGACUACUACAAGCCUCGAAACAACCAGAGAUCUAGUUUGGAUGAGCAGCAACUACCUACAAAGCCUUUUCCAAGUUCCUCCGUAUGUAACUCACUGACAACUGAUAUACAGGAAUCUACGGAAUUACCGGAGUGCAUGCAGCACGAGCAAAUGCCGAUGACAGUGUCGGCGAGUCACACGCAGCCACCGAGUUCACCCGAAAAGAUGGCGAGCGAAGGCCCAAGCACCAACUACAUUGAGAAGGCUGCAGACGCACCGUGUUUCAAGAUGGAGGAGUCUACUUCGGGUACAAGUGAACUACUGACUACCGAGUUACAGGAAGCGCCAAAGCUCGAGCAAGUUGAACCAGUGUUGGUGGAAGAACCGCUCGUAAUGAAGGUCCCAAUUGGAUUCGAGGCAAAUGACAACACUCAAAGGGGUUUUUUAUCUUGUUCACAUCAAGUUUCUCUGAUGGCUACUGGUGUGUUGCUACAGGAGUCCUAUCUAAGAGGUCAAGGCAACGAAAGAAGCGGCCUCGGAGUUCCAGCAGUCAGCAAAGAUACACAUCAGUUAACCGACGACCUGUUUGUGUCAAAGAUUCCACUCGAAUUCGAAACGGAAAGGCUCGAAGAACAGCCGAAGCACACAAGAGUUGAAGUCGAAGAGCUCGAAAUGCUCGCAGGCAGCCCCGAAGCGAAAAGGUUGGCAGACAAAGGGAUCAUUGACUCACACAGGGCGCCACAGCGCACGAAUCACACUGGGUCGAAGGUUGUUGCAAGAAGAAUCAGGAUCGAGAAGCCAUCGAGGCUUAUCGCACGAAGGAAGCUGCCAGACGAAUUUUUGCCAGUCGAAAUGUUGAAGCAUACGGCGAGGAUAGACGACCUCGCGCUCGAAAUAUUCUGGAACCGUGCGGUGCCAGUAAUAUAUAUUUUAUUCAAGGAUUCGUCGAGCGAAUCGACGCGCGCGCUCGAUGUUGGGACUUGUACAGAAAGUCCAGCAGUGUUGACUAAGCGGAGUCACGUGACCGCUCUGCGCGUCGUGGCCACGCGCACUCAAGUACUUCAUAUUGACGCAUCUAGUAUUAUAGGCCGACUACGCAAGAUCGCGGCAAUCGAAGGAUAUGAAGAAUGGGGAGAACGACAUACCAUAUGCGAACUACUGUGGCUACGAGCGAUGGCGACCACAGCAAGGACGACAUCGGCAGUGACUCGAGCGACAGCGAAAACGACGACGACUUUACUUAGUGCAGGAAAAAUGGAUGUGCGAGACGACGCUCGAGCUACAUCCAAGCAGCCGUGAUACGAUGGACUGCGAUGACCUACGAGGAAAGUCAGUGGGCCGUUGGAGGGAAGCUAUGCGAAGCAAUCCGACGAAGCUACUAUGAAUGGGGAGAGCAGUCAGAAGGCACAAAGGUGAUAUUGUUCUUGUCGUUCAGUACAGAGACUAUGCCUG